AUGAACGUUCCCUUUGAAGGGCGAUUGCCUCCGCAACAGUACACUUGGGUCCAGACUUGCAAGGAUCUGUCCACGGAUGGAUGUCACCGUCCAAGAGAUAGUCUUUUUUCGUGGAGCUCCGGCUUCGAUAACUUCACGGGAUUCGUCAAUUGGGGCUUCUUACUACUAGGUAUUGGUGGUAUCAGAUUACUGCUUGAAAAUUUCAUAAAAUAUGGAAUCAGAGUGGAUCCCUGGCAAUGGUUUCUUUUCCUUAGCGGCAAGAAUGAUGGCGGCGAAGAAUAUCCUUCGUUGUUGCUGAUCUGCUAUUCUACCAUGCCGGUGGGCCUUUGUCUGCUGAUCGAGAAAGGACUGUCUGCGGAUAUCAUAGCUCAUGGCACGGGAAUGGUGUUCCACGUCAUAAACCUCGUUGUGAUGGUACUGAUGCCGAUGGUGGUCAUCCACGUGAAGGAUUCCGGAUUCAGCUUGGUUGGCGCAAUGUACGUCUGUAUGUUGUAUGCCAUACUCUUUUUGAAGUUAUGGUCGUACAUACAAGUGAACAUGUGGUGCCGCUUGAGCAACCGAAAGAAAACCACGCAAGGCAGAAUGAGACGUCAGCUGUCUUAUAAUAAUCUUCAGUCUUCCGCCAUUCAACAGAGUACAAAUGAUGUCAGCGACUUUGAGCACGAGAUAAACGAUUGUGGAAAUUCGUUAGUACAGUAUCCUGACAAUCUAAGCUUGGGCGAUCUUUAUUAUUACAUAUUAGCACCCACUUUGUGCUACGAACUGAAUUUUCCCAGAACGCAGCGGAUUCGAAAGAGAUUUCUUAUAAAACGGAUAUUGGAAGUCGUCGUAGGAUGCCAAGUAGUGAUGUCACUUUUCCAACAAUGGAUGAUACCUUCCGUAAAGAAUUCAUUAAUCCCCUUUAGCAAUAUGGACGUAGCUAAGGCCUCCGAGCGUCUUCUCAAGCUGGCGAUACCAAAUCAUCUAGUAUGGCUUUGCUUUUUCUACUUGACAUUUCACUCCUUUCUCAAUCUGUUGGGCGAGUUACUACACUUUGCAGAUCGGAAUUUUUACAGUGACUGGUGGAACGCCAACAAUAUCGAUACGUUCUGGAGAACUUGGAACGCGCCGGUGCAUCGCUGGGCUGUGCGACAUCUCUAUAUUCCGGUAGUAGAAAUGGGCUAUGGUAAAACCACGGCGGCGUUGACUGUCUUCUUUAUUAGCGCUUUCUUCCACGAGUAUCUCGUCAGUGUUCCCUUAAGGACGUUCAAGAUAUGGGCGUUUAUGGGUAUGAUGGGGCAGAUACCACUGUCGGUGUUGAGCAAGAUGGCGGAACGAUACUGCGGCGCCAGAUGGGGCAACAUCGUCGUAUGGGCAAGUCUCAUCAUCGGGCAACCACUUUGUAUAAUGAUGUAUUAUCACGAUUACGUCGUAACGCAUUUUGGCGAGACUCUGCUUGAGGACUAUUCCGUGGUAUAA